AGUCGAGCCACGCUGUAGUGUAGAGUCCAUCAACCCCGGCCCUUCACGAUUCGUCUUAUUGUUUAUGUAGUUUUAGCAUUUGUAGUCAAAGGUGUAGGUUGAUCGUCUAUGUAGUCCGGAGACCAGAGCAGGCAGAGAAAUCACAAGUUUUGGAAAAAAAGAUGUCCUCUUAACUACGCAUUAAAAGAAAGUGUCAUGUCUAAAUUAAGGAUGUUGGCGACACUGCUAGUCGGAGUGUUAUGGUUUCAAAGCCAAGAAGUAUUAACCGAGUUCCAAUGCCCAGGGACUCCAGCAGAUUGCGCCUGUUCAAGAGGUAUGAAGGGCGAUUUCGAACUAUUAUGCCCGAAAACUUCAAAUCAGCCUACAUUAAUAGCUAACUUCCUUCCAAAUCAGUACAUGGAACUCCAAUGCAUGGACAUGAAAGAAUGGGAAGAUCUGAGACUUGUGAGCGGUCUCAAAAUAGGGCCUGUAAACCACUUUAUCAUCAAGCUCUGCCCUCUACCUGGCAUCUCGUUUAAGGAGCUCAUGGCGACCGUAGGUAUUAAUUCCACCAAGAUCCUUCAGAUCCAAUCGCAUAGUAAUUUGAGUGAUACCUUGACAAGCAGACAUUUAGAGGGACUCCAUGACUUGGAUCGACUUAAUCUUCAUUCCAAUGCUCUCACAAAGUUACCAGAAGAUCUUUUUAAGGAUGUAGAAAACUUAAAAUGGCUUGACCUUAAAAAUAAUAAUGUCCAGUUGCCAAAGGGCAUCUUUAGAUAUGUCCCCAAACUUGAAGUUCUAGAACUUGGUAGCAAUAAUAUGAAUUAUCUAGAGCCUGGUAUAUUCAGGAAUUUGACGAAACUAAGGUUACUAAACCUUUGGGGAAACAAGUUACAAAAUUUAAGCAGGUCUGUAUUUUCUGAUGUACCCAACUUAGAAAGUCUAGAUCUAAAUUCUAAUGGUUUGACAACCCUUCCGCCAGAUAUUUUUGCAGAUUUAAUUAAGUUGCAAAAAGUUAAUUUAUAUGCAAAUAAUUUUCAAACAUUGCCACAAAGUCUUUUCCGGAACACUCCAAACCUGGAGCAAAUACAAAUUCAUAACAACAGAAGAACCUUAAAAACUCUUCCAUCAGGAUUUCUAGCUAAUCUGACCAAACUGAAAGAACUGAACCUGAAGGAUAGCAACCUGAGCUCUCUUCCUGAAGACCUUCUCUGGGGAUGCAUUUCUCUGGACAAUAUCACACUUAAGAAAAAUCUUCUCACACAACUUCCAGACAAGAUCUUUAAAGAUAUCAAGAGUGUUACCAUGAUCGACUUGUCAAACAACAGACUGAAUUAUCUGCCUGAAUCUCUACUAUCUUCACAGCACAAGCUGAAGAAACUGGACAUGUCUCACAACAAGCUCACUAAUAUAUCUCAAGGCUUAUUUUCUUCACUCUAUGUGCUCGAAGAACUAAAACUUGCAGAUAAUGAAAUUAAAUUUAUACAUCCAGAAGCUUUUGCAGUACUACAGGGUUUAAAAACUAUAAAUUUGUCUUAUAACAAAUUAUCUGUUCUUCAUAGAGAAUUUGCUGAUGAAGAGCUUGGAAGCAAUUCUAUUUUCCAAACAUGCGUGAAACUCGAGGUUGUUGACCUUUCUUACAAUGAAUUGUCAACUAUCUACUCUGAUUGGCGGGUUUCUAUGGUGAAUCUUCAACAUCUUGACUUAAGUUACAAUGACUUCACAAAUCUAACUAUCGCCGAUUUACAGUUCACAUCAGCCAAACUAAAGUUAGAUUUAAGCAGUAACAUGAUUCAUACAGUAUAUAUGAAAGAUGCGGAAGCACUGGCCAAAUUUAAAUAUAUCAACUCAACGAGUCCAAUUCCUAUUAAUAACAGCAUAAAAGUUAUUUUAACAGGAAACCCAAUCGUAUGUGAUUGCAAUGCAUAUCACUUGGUGAAGUAUUUCAGAGGCCAAGUUGAGCCUGAAGUAAACCUGUUGGUGGACAUUGAUGGCAGUAAUCUUAGAUGUAAUAGUCCUGAGGAAUUGAAGGAAACUCUAGUCAUGGAUCUAGACCCUCGUCAACUCUCAUGCCCAACAGAAAUACUACUUAAAAAGAAUGAUUGUCCGAAGAAUUGUUCAUGUCAAUACUGGCCAAGUAAUGCAGCCAUUCUUGUCAACUGCUCAUACAGAGGCUUGACUAAUAUACCACCAUCGCUUCCAACGCCAAUCCUACUAGAAGAAUGGAUGAACGUCAAUCAUACAGAACUAGAUCUAAGAGGAAAUAAAAUAACAUUCCUACCCAACAAGCUGGGCAAUGGUUACUCCAAUGCUACUAAGAUCUAUCUCUCCUAUAACAAUCUGACAAACAUAAAUUUGACGAGUUUCAGCGAUAAGCUCCAGAUUAUUGAAUUAGACAACAAUAAUUUAACACGAAUUGACGAGGCUUCUUUGAAUAUUUUGGAAAAAUCAAAACAUAUCGAAAAAAUAUCGUUGCAGAAUAAUCCAUGGAUUUGUGAUUGCCAGACAAAAGUUUUUCUCAACUUUAUUCAAGCAAACUAUAAAAAGAUACCAAAUCUAAAAAAUCUUACAUGCUCUAAUGGCAUUCCCUUCAGUGAGCUGACUGCAAAUGAACUGUGUCCAACGAUGACAGCAGCUAUUGUAUCACUAAGCAUCACAUUGGCAUUUCUUUGUUUAUUGAUUGGAGGUUCUAUAGCCAUUUAUUAUCGUUACCAAAGGGAGAUUAAAGUCUGGCUCUAUGCAAAUAAACUCUGUCUGUGGUUUGUAACAGAAGAGGAACUAGAUAAGGACAAGCUAUACGAUGCCUUUGUCAGCUACUCCCAUCAAGAUGAAAAAUUUGUAGUAGAAGAUUUGGUACCAGGUCUCGAAAAUGGUCCAACAAAAUUUAAACUUUGCCUUCAUUAUAGAGACUGGCUUGUGGGUGAAUUUAUACCAAAUCAAAUUGCUAGAUCUGUCGAAGAAUCCCGUAGGACUAUAGUCGUACUUUCUCCAAACUUUUUAGAAAGUGUGUGGGGAAGAAUGGAAUUUAGAGCAGCACAUUCUCAAGCACUCAGUGAAGGAAGAGCAAGGGUCAUCAUCAUACUCUACGGUGAUAUCGGAGCCACGGACAAUCUUGACCCAGAGCUAAAGGCUUACCUCUCGAUGAAUACAUAUGUUAAAUGGGGUGAUCCAUGGUUCUGGGAGAAACUUCGUUAUGCUUUACCGCACCCACCAGAACUAUCCAAAGGAAUACCUCUAAUUUCACGGCAAACUAUUAGAAGAAAUACCGGUGAAAAACUUAUGAAUGGAACAGACCCAAAUUCCACACCUCCAUCGGUAACAACACCACCGGCUGAUGCACUUUUCAUAGACCCACUUAAGACAUUAUCAAAUUCAAAGCCAGUUUAAAUGGAUAAUAUACUUUAUAAAUAAAAUGGACAAAUUCACAAAAUGAAACGUUUUGUAAGAAUAUUUCUCCAAAACAUGCAACAGGCAAAGAGCUUUGCUAAGCAUGCAGGUGCCCUCGAGGACAUUUUUAUUAUUUUUAUUUGUGUGUAAAUAAAGGACAUGAGAAGUUAUUUAAAAUUUAAUUCAUGAGGCUCAGAAGCUUGUUUCAAUGUUGUUCUUGUGAAGCUAAAGACAAUGUAUUUAAAAUGUAAUAAUAGGUGUAUAUAAUUUUUGUGGUAAGAUGUAAAUGAAUUUUACAACGGUUUAGUCCAUUAAAAUAAACCUAUUGUACAAAUUUUACAAAUGAUACUCAUGAAUGUCAGUUACUGUGAUAUGAAUCUUAACUAAUUCCAAAAAUAAUGUUUGAAAGACUACAUAUAGGUAUUGUGUACCAAUGGACAAGACUGAUUAUAGUUUUUAGAGUGUUUGUAAAUAAUAAAUAAGCUCAAAUAUUAGUUUUCUUUUUUAUUUUCUUUUUUAAAUGUUUUUAUGUGCCAUGAAUUGUUUUCAAAAAAUAUGCGUAGUUUGAAUGUGUAGUAUUCGAUGUGUUUUAAUAAAUUUACUUUUAGAACAUAAUAAAAAGGUAUUAUUUAUUUGCUACUAACCUCUUCUAAAUACGGCCUUCCAG